UGCGCAUGUUCUUCCACUAUCAGCAAAAAAAAAUUAAGGGAACUUAGUGGUGUUCUUUUUUAUUGUUUCAGCCGUCUGGACUCUGAACUAAGUUCAGGCAAUAAUAAUGAAGGAACAUUCAUGGCUUUGCACUUUCAUCACACAGAUUUCCCUCUGUUUCUGUGUUUACCUAGCAUUUAACAUGGGUGACAGAACUGAGAGUAGCAGCAGGCCUGUUGAGACGUACUUUAUGAGUGUUGCAGGAGGUUUUAGGCCUGAAAAUGAACAGACCCUUCUUCUCAAACUGAUGGAGAAGGUGGCAAAAGUGUACAAAGUACAAUUUGUAGUGAGCAUUAGUGAACUUGGGGAAAAUGAUCCUCUCGGCCUGAAUGCCACGUGGUAUUUUCAGUCUCUAAAACUUCCCUGGUACACAACAAAAUCAUUCAAAGGACAAAGACCUGGUUCCUACCUCAAGCAUACAAAAGUUCAAUAUGGGAAAACCUUAGAUAUUGUAAUUGUGAAUACAGAGUUAUUUCAGGGCCCUUCAGCUGGUGCUAUUGAGCAUCAGUUACUGUGGCUCAUGAAGACACUGGAAGAAAGCACCAGUGACUGGCGCAUUGUUGUUGGUUUCCACCCACUGUUAGCUUGUAAUGGAAGUACGGAAGCUAAAGACAAUCCUCUGUGUCUUCAUGAAAUGUUUUUGAAUCAUCGAGUGGACGCUUACCUCAGUGGCCAUGCUUGUACCGAACAUGUUCACAAACAGAGUGCAAAACAGCCUGGUAAUGCUGAUCAACCGGGCAAAGGACCUUGUCUUACUCCAAUUCGUAGGAUAUUUGAUCAAAACAAGGAAAAGGUGAAUGGUUUGCUUCUACACAGAGUCAGUUCCCUAGAACUGGUAACUUAUUCAAUAAACUUGGAGGGGGAUGUUGCACACAAGAUUGAACUUCAACAAAGUGGUAGAGAAGCCAUGUGAUGUGCUCAAAGACCUUAUAAUCAUCCCAAAGCCUUGGUGCUUGUUUUGCUCUACCUUUUGUCUUCUGUAUAGAUUUUCAAUUAUUUUCAUAAUUUUAAAUACCAUGUCUUUGAUCUCUUUCUGAGUUUCUGGCUUAACAGUAACAAUCUUUGAUUUGGUUCCUGAGGUACCAUAUUAGGUCCUGCAAUUUAAGCAUACUGAGUGGUACAUUUGCUGGAGUUGUUUCUUGUACCCUUUAUGAGAGGCUUGUUAUUCUUGCGUCUGGUCUUUGUGGAUAAGGUCAGGAGAUACACAUCCUUUCCACUACCAAUUGAUAUGCUAAAAGUCUUCCCUUUCCAAGA